AUGGGCUCUUUCAAAGAUAGUAUUAGCAAGAUAAGGAAAUCAUGGAUGGGUCCAUCAACCGACUCUUCAGCAGCGAGUUCACCAGCACGGUCUCCUACAACCUCGCCUCCGCUGCAUGCUGGCACAUUUAGUUAUUAUGAUGAUGAACCAUUACCUCCUAUAUCGCUUCAUGGUUAUAUGCCGACAACAAAGAAUAGACUGCUGACGCCCGAGAUGUGUGAUGAAAUACGUAAUCUGAUGCCAACCAGAGUUCAACUAUAUACAGACUGGCAUCUACUUUACAGUUUGGAGCAAUUUGGAGCGUCUCUACAUUCUUUAUACGCAAACGUCAUGCCAAGCAGUAAGUUGACUAGACGUGUUGGCUAUGUCCUAGUGAUAAAAGAUCGUAAAGGAAGCAUUUUUGGAGCAUAUGCUAAUGAGCCGUUUCAUCCAACAGAUAGUAGACGCUACUACGGGAACGGUGAAUGUUUCUUGUGGAAAAUGGAGAAGGUACCCAAUGUUAUUUUAGGCGAUCAGAGCAGUACUCACGAAAAAACAAGACAUAAAUGGAGAUUCAAGGGAUACCCCUACACAGGCCUAAACGAGUUCGUCAUAUACUGCACCAGCGAAUUUCUUUCAAUGGGUGCUGGAGAUGGUCAUUACGGACUUUGGUGUGACGAUGGCCUUGUAAAUGGGGUUUCCGAUCCCAGUUUGACGUUCGGAAAUGAGGUUUUGAGUCGUGAAGGAAACAAAUUUCACAUAGUGGGCUUGGAAGUAUGGAGAGUAGGUUAG